GCGCCCGCAGCAAAGAUGGCGGCGGCGGCUCAGCCGCUCGCCGGGGCCGCGGCGACCGGAAGGAGCGGACUGCGCCUGCGCCACCCCCGCCACGGUGGGAGCCGAUUGGCCGGAGCGCUGCGCGCGCUGCGUGUCGGGCUCGCGGCCUGGGUGGCUGCUUGUGGCGCGCAGAGCCGCGGUUUGGGGCAGGAGCCGAGCGUGUCUGGCGGGGAGUCCGCGGCACCCGCCAUGUGGAGCAGCCACGGUGGCUUUGAGAGUGGCUAUGGAGGGUCUGCAAUUAGUGGGGGAUACACACAGUCCCCAGGGGGGUUUGGAUCUCCUGCAGCCACCCAGGGAGAAAAGAAACAGAGAUCCCGAUCCCAGAAUAUUGUGCCAUGUACAGUGUCUCAGUUACUUGCUGCUGAGCAGAUUGAUGAGACAUUCAAGAUCCGAGAAGUAGAGAUCUCGCAGGUUGUUAUCAUGGGGAUAAUCAGACAGGCAGAGAAAGCACCAACCAACAUCCUCUACAAAAUAGAUGAUAUGACUGCAGCCCCAAUGGAUGUCAGACAGUGGGUUGAUACUGAUGAGGCAGGGAGUGAGAAUGUUGUGGUGCCCCCAGGAACUUACGUGAAAGUGGCUGGUCAUCUUCGAUCAUUCCAGAAUAAGAAGAGCCUGGUAGCAUUUAAGAUCAUGCCUCUUGAAGAUAUGAAUGAGUUCACCACACACUUAUUGGAAAUCGUCAAUGCACAUAUGGUCCUCAGAAAAAGCAUCAUGACAUCAUCAAAAAUGCCUCAGUCUCUGGGCUCCUUUGGAAUGGGUGAUAUGGCAAGCUAUGGAUGUGGUAGUAGUGUGCCAGUGAAUGGACUUACAGCACAUCAGAGUCAGGUGUUAAAUUUGAUUAAAAGCUGCUCUGAUCCAGAAGGCUUGAGCCUGAAGGAGCUGAAAUCCCAACUACAUAACAUCAAUAUAAUAACAAUCAAGCAAGCGGUUGAAUUUCUUAGCAGUGAGGGACACAUCUAUUCCACUGUGGAUGACGAUCACUAUAAAUCUACAGAUGCCGAAUAAAGGUGCUUCUGAGAGUUGCCCUAUCCUGCUGGGUUUGGUUCCAUGCAAGCACCAAUCUAUGCUGUAAUUACAGUACUAUGUGUACAUAUCUUAAAGUAGCUCUACCAAGCUUUUCUCUGCAGAAGGUGAUCUCUGCUACUUACAUCUCUUGAAAGUUGCAGUUACCCUGUGAGCAUCCAGAAUUCUCAAAACAAGAGCAGCAAAGUAAAUGUACAGUAUUCCCCUAACCAGACUCAAAUAAUAUAAUGAGACAGAGUGACUAAAGCUUAACCAGGUGUUCGGGGGAGAAAUGACCUCCGUGUGAAGAACUGGAAGCUUCAGAGCCUUUGUUCAUCUAGUAUCCAUCUCAUACAGCACCACUGGUAAGAAGGGGAGAGAGUGGGUCUGCGCAGCCUUGUCACUGGCAGAUUGUUCUGAAAUGGCUUCUCAGCUUGGCCAGCCUUCAGCCUGUUUAGUUGAUAAAGGUGGGAUAUUCUUAGAUAGCCUGCCAAGGUACAGUGCUUAAGAAUAGUCUACUUUCUGCACUUCUUACAUCUAUAUUUGUAUUACAGGAUGAUCCUGUUAAUGAAACUUUUGAUAUUCCAAUAAAGCUUUUUAGUUUGUGAUGGA